UGACGUUUUUCUUUUUCUUACAAAAACAGAUGUGGAUUUGUUGCUUCUCGGCUCUCUUCGAUUCCGGCGCUGUUCGAAUCCAAGGAGUUGCUUGGUCUGCGGCAUGGAAUCUGAACCCUAAAAAAAGGCAAAAAGCAGAGGCCACACAUCAACGAAAGGUACGCGAGAGAAACGGAGCAGCAGCAGCGAGAAAAGGGCGUGGUUUGGGGUGCUCUUUAAUCGGAUUUCUCUUCCCUUCGCGCCAUCUAGGAUCCGGUGUAUCAUCUUCUUCUUCGAUUUCGUUUUCCUUGAUCCGGUUUGGUGCAUUUUCUUUCGUGGCUUGCGAUUCAGUGAGCCUUCCCUGCUGCCUCUAUUUGAUGUUUCGUAUCUCUCUCCUUUGAUGUCGCAAGUAGGUUAACGUAUUGUUGUCGUCUAUUUGGGACUUCAUCUCUCCUGUGUGUUUGUAAGAUUCCUUGUGUUUUAUUCUCGUUGGCGGUAUCAUCUGAUUCAAAGGUGAUGUUUUCAUUGCCAGUCUUAUAGAUCCGAUCGUUGUUGUAAUAUACUUAUGGAAUGUGGCGAUUGGCAUGUUAAACCGAGAAUCUCUGCGAUCGUGCAUUUCUCUUUUUUGAUUCCUUCGAAGUGAUUAUUGUCCCUCAAUGGCUUUGAAUAAGCCUUUCCUUUGUCCACAUUCCUGUGGGCUCAGCCAGAUGAGGGUUGGUAAGGAGGGAAGGCGAUCUGAAGGGAGGUUUUUUGUUGCCAUGGACAUUGGUUCUGCGGUUGGUCCUUGCAAUGAAUUGAGCUUGAUCAGCAGUUUGGAACACCAUGAUGGUGUUCCUCGAAGAAAGGAUGGUAAAAUUCUGAAGUGGCAUGCUUCGGCACCCUUCUGCCAAGUUCGCAGUUCUGAAGCCUUCCUAUCAGAGGAUUUGAGGUUGAAGUUGGUGGAUCGGGAUGGAUCAUCGAAACAUGUAAAUCAUUUUGGAUUUCUGGGCCUUCCAGGUGGUGAGAAGUUGAUUGUUGCCGUCGAUGUUGAUGAAGUUCUGGGAAGCUUUCUUUCAGCUUUGAACAAAUUUAUUGCGGACCGCUACUCCUCAAAUCAUUCUGUUGCAGAGUACUUUGUGUACGAAUUUUUUAAGAUCUGGAAAUGUUCUCGAGCUGAAGCCGAUAUCCGUGUUCAUGAAUUCUUUAAAACUUCCUACUUCAAAUCUGGCAUUUUCCCCAUUCCCGGUGCUCAGCAUACUCUCCGUAAUCUUUCUACUUUUUGCAACCUAUCUGUGGUAACUUCUCGUCAGAAUGCUAUUAAGGAUCACACACUCGAAUGGAUUGAAGAGCAUUAUCCAGGCUUGUUUCAGGAAAUUCACUUUGGCAACCAUUUUGCUCUAGACGGAGUAUCAAGGCCAAAGUCUGAGAUUUGCAGAUCUCUGGGAGCACAUGUCCUGAUCGACGACAAUCCAAAAUAUGCCCUUGAAUGCGCAGAGAUUGGCAUCAGGGUGCUACUCUUUGAUUACGACAACUCGUAUCCUUGGUGCAAGUCGUGUUCGUCGACUUCACAUCCAUUGGUGACGAAGGUCCACAACUGGCAAGAGGUAGAGUUGCAGCUACUCUCAUGGGUGCCCAGGUAGACAACAACACAACCUCCAAACUUCGACCCUCAGUAGCAACUAUACCACCAUUCCUCAGGAUAUGAAGCUCAUUUUUUUUCUACAUUUAGUUAUAUUUUGGAAAAUUAAAGUGAAGUCUCUGCAUUGUACGCAAUACGAGAUACAUGGAAGAAUUGGAAACUUUGUGAAUACUUGGAUAGAACGACCUACAAGAUCAAUAACAAUUUGAUGAAUUUUUGAAUUUUUUAGUGGAUUUUUUAUUUUUAAUUUUCAUUGUGUUCCUCCUUAAGCUUAAACUCUUUAUAGUUUAUUAACAAAAUGCACAGAUAAUAGUUCCAUUACGAGUCAAAUUAGUACAGGCAAUUGAUUUAGAGAGCUCGUGAAGUAGAGCCAUGGAGGAGAUUGGUGAUGGCAAUGGAGAUGCUGCAGAUCUUGAAGAAGUAGCUGUUCCUCUCCGUCAACGGCGACCGCAGCCCGGGCUUGUCGGCGAACGCGCUCUCGCAGGUGUCGGAGUUAGUCAUGGCGCCGGAGACGAGGUCGUUGACGUCGUCGUAGUCCCUGCGGCGGAGGGCGGCGGCGGACUUCCGGAGGCCGUCCACGGCCUCGCGAUACUCCUCGACGCAAUCGCUGAGGCACCCCGCGGCGUAGGCGCCGCCAGUGGCGGCGGCGGCGGCGUGGCGCUUGGAGAGGGCCUUGGCGAGGGAGACGGUGGCCCUGGCAUGGUCGAGGCCGACGUCUAGGGAGAUGGACGCGAGGCCGCGGAGGUCGGCGCGACGGCUGCCGGGGCGGGAGGCGAGCGAGGCGACGCAGACGUCGUAAUACAGCGUACGGUUGCAUGUGGAAGCGAUGAGGCCACCGGCGGCUACGGCGGGAGGAGUAGGAGGAGCUGCGCAGUCGGAGACGGCGACCACGCCGACUGACGACGCGGCGAAGAAUGCGAACAGGACGAGCAGAGGAGAAGAAGCCAUGGCGAUGGGAAUCUGACGCCUAACUCUCUCUCUCUUUGAACUGUGACGGGUCGGAAGUUGGCAUCUUCUGGCAGCUCCUUCCCGCCGUAGGAAAAGCACAAAAAGGGGUGGCGGUCUUUUCACUUCGCUCACGUGAAGAGAUGAAUUAUUUGCUCCGUCUAACAGCCUGUUUACUAGAGGAGAUCGAAAGCUGAAGAAGAUGGAUCACGAGAAAAACACGAAAUUUUCAUCUGAUCGCUCAACAAACAAAAGGGUUGAAAGACACCGUGCAAUAAUUGGAUCGAUUCGAUUGGAAGCAGCUUUCAGAAUCUCAGGCACCUUCCAUGUCGCUGCAAUUAUUCGCACGCUUAUAGAAGUAAACUAUCAAGAAUCUCUAUCCAAAAAACACAGUGCUGAAUAAUGCAAGGCAUGCUUCACUGCUUUAAGGAUCUCCCUCGUGCUCCAUAUCUUACAAGGUCCCCGAUCACAAUGUGAAGUAGAGUAGUAGUUUGAAUGCAUGAUCUAAACUGGUUUUGAGAUAAUGCAAGAAGUUUCCAUAGUAGUAAAAAAAAAUGGAAAUAAAGCUUGUUUUAGUUGGGAUAA